AUGGCCACCCCUUCGCCCUCCGGCAAGAUCUCCCUGGCGCAGUUCACGACGGCCAGCACGACUACGGUCUAUUCGGUACCGUCCCCCAAAACCACGACGGUAACGUUGCGGAACGGUACCGCUACAACAAUGGCGCCGUUGCAUAUGGAUCCGGAUGAUGAGGAUUCGUCGGACGACCAGUGCGUUCCUCCGCAUCUGCGCAAUCCGGCGGACGCGCCGCAGGCCCCGGCGGGUGCUAUCCACCCUUCCCUGGGCUCGGAGGGCCAUGAAGACGGCAGCUGCAAGCGGUGCUGCUUCUUUCCCAGGGGGCGGUGUACCAAUGGGUACAACUGCGAGUUCUGCCACUAUGAGCACGAGAAGAGGAUGAGCUGCCCAUGCACUUCUCGCCUGGGCGCCGCCGCCUACUUGGCAAAAGCUGAUGAGGAGCUGAGCAAAUACUGCCCGCGGGACAGGGUGGUAUGUGCCUCCUCCAUCCUGUGGUUUAUCGUUCCCCUCUACUGGAGUUGGCGGUUCUGUGACUUCUCGGUGCUGCUCUUGCUCAGCACCUUCGCCACCAUCUUCCUCACCUUCGCCGCCUUCAACUUCUACCUGGACGGGAGCCGCUUCACCUGGAAGAUGUGGACCGACGUGGCAGCGGUCUUCAUCCUGGGCACGGUGCAGCUGCUUAGGACCGUGCUGCAGGCCAACCUCGUGGGCACUUUGACCACCAUGGCCUGCGCCAUCUCCUUCGUGCUCUUCUUCAUCCUGAACGGGCUCCAGAUCAAUUGGGCCAACGGCCUGGCCAGAGUGGGCGCGGAUUGGAUCUUCACCUUUAUCACUUAUCGGUGGUCGGCAGUCCUUGCUUGCCUCUCAGAGGCCUAUGGAGAGAACUUCGUGCAUUUUCACUGGACCCAGCCCGUGGUCCUCUCAGUGAUCUAUUAUACGCAUUCUAUGCUGAUGUGGUACCGUGCCCAGAACAUGAAGAGUGAGAAGGGCAUUCACAGUUGCUUGACUUGGCCCAUGAACGUCUACUGGCUGGUGGAGAGCUUCAUGGUUGUGCUGGUCUCCUGCCUCUUUGUCUUCCCGCCCCCAAGUGGCAUGAUGUUUGCCACAGCCACAUGA